CUUCCAGCUGUUUCCAUACCUAACCCAAAUAAGUACCAUCCACCCGUCCGAACCUUCUAGAAUUACCAUUCAUUCCCACCCUCCUCGCUACCACCCUCCUUUCCCUCCCUCUCCACCACCUUCAUCGACGGCGUUACUCUGAACACCAGAUCUGCACCACUUACUUCUUCAAAGUACGGUUUAAUAUCAUCUAUGGGUCCUCCGUUCCCGGCGGACCGUAACGGAGGAGAAGCAACCGUCAGCGGAGAGGCGCAGAGGACGACUCCGACGCCGUUUCUGACGAAAACGUACCAGCUCGUCGACGACCGUUCCGUCGACGACGUUAUCUCAUGGAACCACGACGGAUCUACCUUCGUCGUGUGGAAUCCGACUGAGUUCGCCAGAGAUUUGCUCCCCAAGUAUUUCAAGCACAACAACUUCUCCAGCUUCGUCAGACAACUCAACACAUACGGAUUCAGGAAAGUCGUGCCGGACCGCUGGGAAUUCGCGAACGAUUUCUUCAAGAGAGGUGAGAAACGCUUGUUAUGCGAAAUUCAGCGUCGUAAAGUUUCGACGGCAGGGGUGGCUGCGACAACCACCGUUGUCGCCUCUGCUGCGGUCACGGUGGUCGCUCCCGUGCCCGCACUUCCCCUAAAGACGGUAUCGCCGUCGAAUUCGUGCGAAGAGCAAGUUGUAUCCUCCAAUUCGUCUCCCGGAACAGCCAUCCGGGAAGCAGCCCGUGGAGGCAGCACGGAGGAGCUCAUCGGAGAGAACGAACGGCUGAGGAACGAGAACACGCGGCUCAACAAGGAGCUAAGUGAAAUGAAGAAACUCUGCAACAAUAUAUACCAGUUGAUGUCGAAUUAUUCUACCCCGGAAAGCAGCUCGAGACCGAUAAAGCCGCUGGAUCUUAUGCCGACUACUGCCGCUUGCGGCGGAGGGGCCGAACAGGAUCCUGGCGAACCGAGAGCAACAAUAUUUGGAGUUCCGAUCGGGUCGAAGCGGGCGAGGGAGGUUGAGCAUGGAUCGGCGGAGCAGGAUAACGAGCUGCGGCUGCAACCUCCUUUGGCCGCGGUGAAAUCCGAGCCAUCGGAUCCACAAAACGGAAAAGAGUCGUCGUGGUUUAGACAUUGCCAAAGACGUAAUCCAAAGGGGGUGUGAUUAGACCGCGCCGAUCGACAGAUUAGAUUAGAAGCGGUGGCGUACGAUGUACGAGGAGAGAGGCAUGUGCUAUAAUUAGUCACGUUGUUUUAUCUAACCUGCGUUUGAAGCUUUUCUUUUCAAUGUGGUUUAAAGUAUAUAAACCUCGGUUAAAUUUUAGUUAGCCACUUUUUCUGCUGAUGAAUAACUCAAUAACGUAGUUCUCUGUGUGGAAAUCCGAAAUAUCUUGGUCGCAUAGGUAGUGUAGUGUUGUUUUUUAUGGUUAGUGUAGUGUUGUUGUACAAUCACUAUACAAUUGUUAUUCUAAAUUAUUUUAUCCUAUCAUUUUGAAGAAUGAGGUAAGAAAAAUUGAAAUGUGAUUACUCCGUAUUAAAUAAAAUGUGAAAAUUUUGAUGGAC